AUGUUUGUGAGUGAACACAAAGCCGUUCCAAAGAGAUGGAAGGCGCCGGUACCCACCGUGACCGUGACGAUGGCGCGUGUGAAGAAAUGUCGACGUCGCACGAGUGCACGAGGUUUCGCGGGGACAGGCCCCGCCUUCGAGGUCCGCCCGAACGACGAUGAUGGAGCCACUCCUGCCCCUCAGCGAGAGUGGACGCCGCCGCCUACAGUCCAGCAAACGUGGGCUCCCGUGGCGCCGUGGACGGCGUCGCCCGGCGCGACCCCCGCUCCUCAGCGAGUCUGGACCGCGUCGCCUGGCGCUACGUUCGCCCCCGUUGAGCCUUGGACCGCUUCCCCCGGCGCAACCUUUGCCCCGGCCGCUCCUUGGACCGCCUCACCCGGCGCAACCCCCGCUCCUGCACGAGUCUGGACGGCGUCGCCCGGCGCGACGUUCGCCCCUGUGGCUCCUUGGACCGCCUCCCCCGGAGCCACAUGGGCCCCGGCAGCACCUUGGACGGCGUCACCGGGGGCCACGUGGGCUCCCGCGGCGCAGUGGACGGCCUCCCCGGGGGCCACGUGGGCCCCCGCGGCGCAGUGGACGGGUCCCCCGACGAUCGCGCUGCUGGACCUUGUGGCGACGACAAGGGCGGCGAACACGGCGGGAGAGUACGAGGGGCAGUUCGACACCGUGCUGGCCGGCCUCGAGUACGCGGGGCUCACCUCGCUGCUGGAAGGGGAGGCGCUCAUGACGGUCUUCCUGCCCACCGACGACGCCUUCGAGGCGGAGGGCAUCACCGACACCUCCAUCACCACUCUGCCGCAGCCGGCGGUGCAGAACCUCUUCCUCUACCACCUUCUGGAAGGAGCCGCGUCCUCGGAGGUGAUGGCUAACGCCACCGACUUCUACACGGUGCUCAAGGUGAACCUGGGGGUAAACGGAGACACUCUCACGGACGGCGAGGGCAACACCAGGUCCCUGGUCGGCGAAGAGCUCAGGGCCAGCAACGGCUACGCCCACCCCGUGGACGGUGUCCUCUUCCCGCCCGACCUCCUCACGCUGGCGACCAACGUUAACGCGGAGGGGGGUUCCUUCGAGGGAGUGUUCGACAUCUUCCUGGCCGGGGUGGCGAGGACCGGGCUCGGCGGGACGCUCAGCGGCGUCAACGGGCUCUACACGGUGUUCGCCCCGGGAGACUUCGCCUUCGAGUCCAUCGGCAUCACGAACGAAACCGUCCUCACCUUCGACGAGGAAGUUCUCGAGACGGUGCUGCGGUACCACAUCGUCACCAACGAGGCCGCGGACAACGCCACUCUGCGGGGCCCCCUCCGCGAGUUCGACACCCUGCUGUCGGGCAGCACGCUGCGGAACUCCCUCGACGGCGGCAUCCUCGACGACACCCAGAUGAAGGCCAGCCUGCUGGCCGCCGACCUCCAGGCCGUGAACGGGUACAUGCACGCCAUAGACAUCGUGCUGGAGCCGUACCCGCUCUUCACGCAGUCGCCGACGGCCGCCCCGACCGCCGCCCCGACCUACCUGGUGAUCGUGGACAUGCUCGUCGCGGAGAACGCCGACCCGUUCAGCCCGUACUUCGGGCAGUUCGACACGAUGAUCGCGGCUCUGGCCGCUUCGUCGGGGCUGGACAUGGAGCUCUCCGCACCAGGACCCUUCACGCUUUUCGCGCCCACGAACGCGGCCUUCCUGCAUGCCGGCAUCGGCCCCGAGAAUGUGGAGGACAUCCCGCCCUCCAUCCUCGAGAACCUGCUUCUCUACCACACUCUUGACGGCGGCGUCAUGCGGUCGGCGAUCGCCAGCGACGACUCCCUCUUCACCGCCCUCGGGGUAGACCUGGCCACCUCGGGGGCGACGCUGAUCGACUCCGAGGGAAACGCGAUCGCCAUAACCGAGGCGGACGUCAAGUGCUCGAACGGUUACCUGCACUACGUCGACGGCGUGCUGAUGCCCCCGGACCUCAUGUCCUCGCUCGAGACGUACAACGAGCCCGGGGGCUCGUACGAGGGGGUGUUCGACACCUUCUUGACGGCCAUUAACCUCACCGACGUGUCCGGGGACUACAAGGGCUUGAACGGGCCUUACACUGUCUUGGCUCCCACGGACAGCGCGUUCCUAGAGCUGCGGCUCGACCCCUCCAACAUCAACCUGGCCAACCGGACCGCUCUCGAGGAGCUCCUCCGGUACCACAUGGUGGACGGGGAGGUGGGGACCAACUCCAUGGACGACGUCGGAAUGCUGCGCACCCUUAGUGGCGGGGGCUCCCUCUCGGUCGUCGGCGGGGGUACCCUCAUCGAGGACGCGGAGGGGGGCGACGCCUCCAUCCUCGUGGGAAACCUUCCCUCGAGCAACGGCAUGGUGCACGCGAUCGACGCGGUGCUGAUGCCGUUCCCGGAGACGCAGCUGACGGGGGAGAUGUUCCCGUCCGGGGAGGCCGAGACCUCCAGCGACAACGUUCAGGUGGCCGCGCUUUCCGCGGGCAUCGCCGCCGCGGUGAUCCUCGUCCUUGCCGCCAUCGCCGUGCACAAGCGGAGGCAGGCGGACGCGGCCAAGCCGCCGCAGGUCGCCCCGGACGAGGACGGCUGGGCGGGCGGGGGUGGAAACAUGCGCGGGGCCCCCAUCCACCCCGCUUAGAGCAGGAGGGAGCUUGAGAGCAUGUGACGGCGGGAGAGGAGGACUACUUAUUCUGUCGUUGGACAAGACCCUUGCGUUAUGUCCGUUUCGUUGUUGAGUGUGCGUUGUUUUCGUUCGUUUUGUGUGUCGUGUACCCGGCGUCGUGUUCAUGCGUGUGUGUCAGGGGUGUGUGUGGCGAUGGUUCUCUUGGUCUGGAGAACCUUUUUUUGUCCGAAACGUAGAGAAGAGCGUAAGAAGAUUGUUUGCGUGAUCUCUGUCAACACUAUACACUAUUAUUGACGGUUGACGGUAUGCAUCCCCUUUGUUUCGAAAUUUUGUUCGCCGCCACCCGUCGUGUAGUCUCGUCCAUUGUAUUCUAGCCUUGAAAGAAGGAAUUUCAGCGUGUACAUGCACGCGUCAUCACCGUACGAGGGUGUUCUAAGCGAAAAGCAGGAGAACAACUAAAAGUAGAGGUUGUGGUAUGAUGGUGAAAGAAUGAGUAAUUUGUUGGUAAUUUUUUGCCUUUCUGUGGUGCAUGUGGCACGAAAUCCCAGAACCAUGAAGCAAACGGCCAUGCCAGGAUAGUCGCUGAGGGGUUGGGGAGACUGUUUGGCUGUCCUUUGUUCUGUUCUCGUAGCACGUGUGCCUUGUGCAUGUGAUUGGGUGGCGUAUAUUUUAUACAUGUGUGUCUUGCUUACCAUUAGACUGUAGCGCGUCUUUGGACGCAACCGCAGCAUCUAUCGCCGAUCCGAUGCCGCACCCAAGCAAGCAAACGAGGGCAGAGUAGACCGGACAGACUUGGAAUGGUCAACGGGAGAGUUUUUUCAGCUUUCCGGGGGGAAAGGGGGCCGGGAUGUGUUAUUUUGGCUGCUGGCCACCACACGAACUCACGAUCAGACUGUCUGUACGAUGAUAUGUAGCAGCUGCCUCUCACUGCCUGUUUGUGGGGUAGAGUAAUUUGCAUAUUUUGUCGUUGACGAGCUGUGUUGAUUCAGGUAUAAAAUAGGCGGCUGCUUUUCCCCCUGAAACCGCCUUUCGUCUUUUGACGAUGUGAUGCAGUGCCUUGCCGUGCCGUUUCGGCUUCGAUCGAUUUGUGGUGCCCUCUCCAUGUCGAAACGAUAGCAGCAGCAGCAGCAGCAGCAUGCAGCGUCGUACCCAAUCUUCGUGGGAAAGGAGAGGGAGUGUAGAGGUACAGUAGUAGUCUAGUAGUAGGUGUGUCCAACGACGACGCAAUCAGUCGGCGAUUCAACGCACGGCCUGGGUGUGCGUGUGAUGCCACGGUAGAGGGUCUGCGUUCAUGUAAUACAUACACACGAGGCUGCGCGCUAAUGAGCUCUCUCGCUCUCCUCCAGCUGCUGUGGGUAUCCUGGAUCGGUCGCUGUUGGAAGGGGCGCGGCGGUUGGAAGAAUAGUGAAAUUAGCCUGUGCUUGUUACUUUCUUUAUAUACAUGCUGCCGCGCGAGUAAAUCGGCGGCAGGCAGGUGUCGUCGGCCUAGAGGUGCUACGCGAUCGACCAGAGUCCCUCAGGUGUAAUGUUCAGACUAGUAUAAAUGUUAUGUGGCCCCGGGUCGAGCGCGCUAUGAUCAUCCCGGCUCCUUUUUGCCCCGCGACCCCCGUUGCCCCUCUUUAUUUUGUUGUGAU